AUUGUCUCAAUUCUGACAGGUUGGCGUGACCUUUGAGGACAUUGCCCUGUACUUCUCCAGGGAGGAAUGGAGCCUCCUUGAUGAGGGUCAGAGACAGCUGUACCUGAAUGUGAUGCUGGAGAACUUUGAACUUAUAUCCUCGCUGGGUUGCUGCUGUGGAACAGAGAAUGUGGAGGCAGCGACUGAACAGAACGUUUUUGUAAGAGUGUCACACACAAGGAAUCCCAAGUUAGCCUCGUCUUCCCAGAAGAGCCACCCCUGUGAGAGUUGUGGCUUAGUCUUGGGAAACAUUUUUCACGUGAUGGAGGGGCAGGGAACACAACACGGACAGAUACUGUUGAGGUGUGGGGCAUGUGCAAAACAGUUUUACUUAAGUAUAAAAUUUCACCAACACCAUGUGCGAGAGAAGACUUUCAUUAGAGGUGUGGACAACAUCUCACUUGCACACAGCUGCAAUUUCAAUGUGUCCCAGAAUCGUUUCACAUAUGAGGAGGUUGGGCAGGGUUUCCUUACCAGCUCAGGACAUCUACACCUGAAGACUACUCAGACCAUUGACAGUCCAAAUGCUAUUUUGACAGGUGGGAUGACAUUUCAAAGGACAAACAAUUAUUACACCAGAAAAGACUGUAAGACAGACAUUACUUGCACCCACACGUUUAUUCAGGAAAAGGAUGUCAAUGUUGGAAAUCAAUGUUUUGUGUGCUCUGAAUGUGGGAAGUAUUUUACCAAAUUUUCUAGCUUGUCUUAUCUACAGCGAGAUCACACUGGAGAAAGGCCUUAUGAGUGCAGUGAAUAUGGGAAAGCUUUUAGCAGUAUUAACAGCCUAGGUGAAUAUGAAGCUUUGCACACUGAAGAAAGGCCUUAUGAGCGCAUUGAAUGUGGAAAAUCUUUUACCAAUAGCAGUGCUGUCCAUUAUGAUCAGAGAGUGCUCACAGGAGAAAGGCCUUAUGAGUACAAUGAGUGUGGGAAAUCUUUUACCAGUAGCAGUAACAUUCAUUGUCUUCAGAGCAUUCACACUGGAGAAAAGCCUUAUUUAUGUAGUGAAUUUGGGAAACCUUAUACCUGUAGCGCUAAACUUUGUCGUCAUCAGAGAGUGCACACUGGAGAAAGGCCUUAUCACUGCAGUGAAUGUGGGAAAUCUUUUACCACUAGCAAUAAACUGUAUCAUCAUCAGAGAGUGCAUACAGGAGAAAAGCCUAAUAAAUGCAGUGAAUGUGGGAAAUCUUUUACCACUAAGUUCCACCUUCACAGUCAUCAGAGAGUUCACACAGGAGAAAAGCCUUAUAAAUGCAGUGAAUGUGGGAAAUCUUUUACAACUAAGACCAACCUUCGUACUCAUCAGAGAGUUCAUACAGGAGAAAAGCCUUUUAAAUGCACUGAAUGUGAGAAAUCUUUUACCACCAAGACCAACCUUUGUAUUCAUCAGAGAGUUCACACAGGAGAAAAGCCUUAUAAAUGCAGUGAAUGUGGGAAAUGUUUUACCACUAAGUUCCACCUUCACAGUCAUCAGAGAGUUCACACAGGAGAAAAGCCUUAUAAAUGCAGUGAAUGUGGGAAAUUUUUUACCACUAAGACCAACCUUCGUACUCAUCAGAGAGUUCAUACAGGAGAAAAGCCUUUUAAAUGCACUGAAUGUGGGAAAUCUUUUACCACCAAGACGAUUCUUGGUAUUCAUCAGAGAGUUCACACAGGAGAAAAGCCUUAUAAAUGCAGUGAAUGUGGGAAAUCUUUUACCACUAAGUUCCACCUUCACAGUCAUCAGAGAGUUCACACAGGAGAAAAGCCGUAUAAAUGCAGUGAAUGUGGGAAACCUUUUACCAGUAAGUUCCACCUUCACAGUCAUCAGAGAGUUCACACUGGAGAAAAGCCGUAUAAAUGCAGUGAAUGUGGGAAAUCUUUUACCACUAAUACCAACCUUCGUACUCAUCAGAGAGUUCAUACAGGAGAAAAGCCUUUUCAAUGCAGUGAAUGUGGAAAAUCUUUUACCACCAAGACCAACCUUCGUAUUCAUCAGAGAGUUCACACAGGAGAAAAGCCGUAUAAGUGCAGUGAAUGUGCUAAAUCUUUUACCACUAAGUUCCACCUUCACAGUCAUCAGAGAGUUCACACUGGAGAAAAGCCCUAUAAAUGCAGUGAAUGUGGGAAAUCUUUUACCACUAAAUUCCACCAUCACAAUCAUCAGAGAGUUCACACUGGAGAAAAGCCUUAUAAAUGCAGUGAAUGUGGGAAAUGUUUUACGUGGAGCAUUGACCUUCAUCGUCAUCAGAGUGUUCACACAGGAGAAAAGACUUAUCAAUGCAGUGACUGGGAAAAGUUUCAUACAUACUGAUUCUCUCCAAAAUCAUCAGACUGUUCAUACAGGAGAAAAGCCUUAUAAAUGCCAUGCAUGUUGAAAAUCGUUUGCAUGUUGUAAUGGUCUGCAAUAUCAUCUAAGAGUUCAU